AUGUCGGAGAUGGGUCUCUCUUGUGCCGGCCACGAAGGUGCUGGAGUAAUUGUCAAGAUCGGCGACAGCGUCAAGAGUUGCAAAGUCGGCCAACGAGCGGCAUAUGGUCCGAUCCAUAGCACAUGCGGCUUGUGCGACUCGUGCAAAUCUGGAAGAGAGACAUACUGCCCGCAAGCAGUCUAUACGGGGGGGACAGUGGACGGAACUUACAAGCAGUAUUGUGCCGUCCCAGAAGGGUUUGUCCAUGGAGUUUCUGACUACGUGGCAGGGUCUGCCAUGUGCUCUGCAGGUACCAUGUAUGCUUCGCUGAAAGAAUCUGGACUUGGAGCCGGUGACUGGGCCGUAUUUCCUGGCGGAGGCGGUGGAACAGGCAUCCAGGGUGUACAGCUGGCUUGCGCCAUGGGUAUACGGCCUGUGGUGGUCGAUACUGGCGAAAGUCGUCGAUCGCUUUCGCUCAGCCUUGGUGCUGAGUAUUUUGUCGAUUUUAUGACCGAGGCAGACCCGGUCAAAAAGGUCUUGGAAGUCACCAAUGGAGGUGCUCACGGCGUGUUUGUCAGUGCUGUACAGGCUUAUCCCGUAUCGCUGGGCUAUCUUGGUUCACGUAUCGGUGGAGUGGUAAUGUGCGUCGGACUCCCGCCCAAGGGUCGAUAUCACAUUGAUGCGGAUCCUACCCAGCUUUGCUUGAAGAACCAGUCAAUCAAGGGCACCCUGUCGAGCAGCCGGAAGGAUAUAGCUGCCACACUGGACUUUGCGAAACGAGGAAAGAUCCACCUGGAGCCUGUCGUGGUUGGAGUGAACAAGUUCAAUGAAGCCGUGCAAAGGUUGAAAAAGGGACAAGUUGCAGGAUACGCGGCCUGCAUGAGCGAGCGCAGAUUCUCCCAACUACCAGAGUUUGUCCACGACGGCGUCAUCUACAACGCACAGCCGCCGAUGACCAGCCAGGAUUAUGGCAGAAUGAUCGAUGGAAUUGUCGGGAAGUUCGAGAAUUUUCGCCUUGAUCUAGAGAUGUUAGUUGUGGAUGACAACUGCUCGACUGACCUGGAUGGCAUGGUCUCAGCGAGAUUCAGACUGAGCCACGAUUCUCAGAACAAGAAGUUGGGGCAAGAUCGCGUGGUGUUUUACGAGCACGUCUUCUUUCGGUUUCAGGGGGGAAAGAUUGCGGAGAUAUGGCCAUUGAUCGCCUGGCCAGAGAAAUGA